UGCAUUGAAGCGUUAUAAAUUUGAGCAUUUCAUGUUCAACUAGUUCAGUCAAUAUCUUAGCUUAGAAUCAGUUAAAUCAACUUAAAUAAACUAUGGACAAGUGGGUCGGCAAGAUCGCAGUGGUCACCGGAGCCUCAUCAGGCAUUGGAGCUGCAAUAGUCAAAGAUUUAGCUAAGCAUGGCCUAAUUGUCAUCGGACUAGCUCGUCGCUCUGAAAAAAUCGAUGAAAUUACAAAGGAAAUGAAAAACACACGUGGAAAAAUCUACAGCCACAAGUGUGACUUGAAUGACUUAAAUUCCAUCAAGAACUCGUUCAAGUGGAUUGAAGGAAAGUUCCAGAAAGUUCACAUUUUAGUCAACAACGCAGGUUUGUCUCAUGUUGGAAAAAUCUUUGACCAAAGCGACGAGCAAACUAGAAACUUAAAUGAAGUCAUUAAUGUCAACUUUACUGGACUUGUUCAUACAUCGAGAGAAGCUUUUAGAUUGAUGCAAGCAGCUAAUGACUACGGAAUGAUUAUCAACAUCAGUUCCAUCGUCGAUUCAGUCAUUCCAUUUCCAUCAUCAUCAACUGUCUAUCCAGCAACAAAACAUGCAGUCCGUGCAUUAACCGAAAGCAUUCGUCAAGAGCUUGUAGUUGGAAAUAAUGAUAAGAUUAAGGUUUCCAACCUUAGUCCAGGUGUUGUCAGGACAGAUUUUGUGCGUGUAUCUGGACGACCAAAUCCUGAUGAAUUUUAUAAAUCUAUUCCUGGAUUGGAAGGUGCUGAUAUAUCUCAAGGGGUUAUUUACUUGUUGAGUACCCCUCAUAAUGUUAAUGUGACACAACUUACGAUUAAGCCCGUUGGUGAAAAGUAUUGA